AUGAAGACUUCUAUGAUUCAAGUUCUCCUCGCAUUCGCCACGGUCGCCUUGGCCGGACAGCCCGGCGAGCCCUGCGAUACCUGUGACAAAGAGACUGGCAAGGUCUGCGCUAGCGGCCAAAGCGUUGUAUGCAAAGGAGAAGGCACUGGUCUAAUCACUCUGGGUAACGUCUUGCCUGGGGCGCUUGGGAAAAGUUGUGCCGGUGGCGAUGUUUACUGUUGCUCUCAUGAAGCCGCUUCGCAGGGUAACUUGCUUAACUUGGAUGUGAAUGCUCAAUGCUCUCUCAAUCAUGUUCUUUAA